AUUAAUUAGUAAGUUAAUAACCACGACAUUUUAUAGUCUAAAAAUCAAUAAAAACUUUUAAAAUGGCAUUUAAAAAUUCGCAUUAUUAUUGGUGGUUUCGAUUAUAAAAGGAACCAGCCGUGCUCAGUGCCUGGCAACAUCUGUCCUCUCGAGGUUAGGGUUCUUUUAGAGAGUUUUAUAAUUUAUCGAACGAUCCUUCGGAUCUUCUAAAUGGAAGUUUGAUUAUUAACAUCUUUUAUAAACUUUUUUUUUUCUUUUCUCUUGUCAUAAAUCUUGAAUAUCUAUCAAAUUAUAGGGCUUUCGAUCGUAUUAUUUGGUAGAUCGUCGCCAUUUAAACGUUACAUAUAAAAUACCUUUCUCUUGUUUUUCUUUGAUUCAUCGUUUUAAAUCUUUCAUUAAUUAAAUACUCUUUUUAAAAACUUUAAGAAAUUAAAAGUUUAAUCAAUGGAAACAAUAGCAGUGCAACGUUCACCGGGUAAACAGGUUUCUGGUUUGAGACCAUUCAAGAACCCUAGAAGGAGUUCUCGUGGUUCUCUUUCAAGAUCCGGAGGAAGUUUGGCUCUUCCGACUAUCCCCACGUCGUCUUGGGGAUCUUCUCCGGCAUAUCCCCCGCCACCUAGUUACUACUCUCAGCCUCCUCUUCUCCCUCUGCCUCGUGUCAACAGCUCAACUCUUCCUCUGCAACGCGUCAACAGCUCUCGACCACGUGUCAACAACAACAACUCUACUCUCAAUUGCGUUGUUCAGACCAAACCAACUCCUGUAAAGAAGAAAGUUGAGUUCGUCGAGUCUGUACCGACACUGACUCGUACUGGUUCUGUUCCGGUCCGGUCUAACCAUCUGCGUGAUUUUCCUAAAGGAUUUGAUGGUUACCCCGGUCCAGCGAUCAUGUUAUUAUCCCCGCCGCCGAGUAGUUUACCCAUGCCUAGGUUUUCGAUCAAACCGAAGCUCCGUUGCAACGUCGAAGCUGCUGGGAAAAACGAGGUAGCCACCGAUAACAUCCGGCGAGUUUUACAGCUCCGGUGAAAAGGUGGUGUCGCCGUGUGGGUGUGUGCUACGUAAAGUUUGAUGAUGUUACAAAUAAAACAAGCUUAUGGGCUUUUUAAUACUUUAUUUGGGCUUGGGUCUGUCUUGUUUUUUUUUAAAUUGAUAGAACUCUUCUCUACUUUGUGUGAUUUGUUAAGCCAUGACUUUUAUAAAGGCUCUCUUGGCACAAAAUAGCCUGGCGGUUAUAGAUUUUUCAUUUUUAUGUUCUUUAUUUGAAGACUAAUAAAAAGAUAUGUUUCUGAUGAUGAUGA